UCUUCUACCUUGGUAAGCACCGAAGUAAAUUCACGAACAUCGAGGUACUGCUAGAAACCAGGGUUUUUUUCGGGAGCCGUGGAUUCAAGAAUCUAGGGUUUUCUUUAAACCCAGAGCUGAAAGGAUGGCUAAUGAUUCUCGCUCUAGGCAGAGAAAUAAAGAUUUUGAGGGUGACAGUUCAGGUAAAAGUAUGGAUAGCGGGGAAGGAACUUUGAACUCUGGCACGUUAAAGGUUGAUGCUUCACGUUUAAGGCAGACAACUCAGGGUGCAUCAUCCUCAGGACAAAUGACAUCGAGCCCAUCAAGUACUAGGAAGUCUGAACGACUUGAAAAGCGGAUGCCAUCAACACCUCUUCCGGUUAUCAGGAAAUCUGAGAGACUGGAGAAACAGAGCGCCCCAAGUCCUUUAAGAAGGUCUGACAGGAGUAGAGCACUUGGUUCAUCAACUUCAUAUGGAUCAAAGAGCUUGGAGAAAGUGUCCAGUUCAGCGGACAGAAUGAGCAGGCGGGAAAAGAAACAGAAGAGCGUAAAGCAGUUGACGAUGGGAACUGAAAACGUCAACCAUGGUGAAAAAUGGAACCAAGAAUCUUUUGGUGUAAAGAGGAAGAGAAUGGAUGCUCGCAGUUACAAGGAUUUGUUCAAACGAAAACAAAUAUGUUCAGCAUCAGGUAGGGAGGACGAGUUGGAAAGACAUGACCUGUUGCCUCAAGUUGAUAGUGGUGGUAACAUGAGUUGUUUAAAACAAUUAGAGGACAAGAAUGAAGGACAUGAAUGCGGUAUGAGGGUCACAGAAGACUCGAGAGAAAAACCAUUGGAGAGAGCUGUCUCAGGAGCUGCAUUUGGUUUGAAAGAUUGUGAUGCCAAGAUCUCUGAGCCCAAUAUUAAUUCUACUACUGGAAAUUCUCAGAUUCCUGAGAUGGUGACGUUGACUUGUAUGGCGAGUCCACUUGGUUGUAAUACUAAGUUGGAAAGUGGUGCCCGAUGCAUGCAAUCAGAAGAAAAGGGGUCUACAAUUAAUGUAGCGCCUGAUGUCACAGGAAUCCUUGUUAGUAAAUCUGUCUCUGCUCUGGUUGCCGAGUCUGAUCCUGCAGCAUCCGGGGAGAAUGAUAUAUAUGGCUUUGUUGGGAACUGUGCUGUCUGCUGUAAGAGGCGAAGGUCAGAUUAUGAUUCACCAAAAGAGGAACUCUGUUCUUGCGGAGCUACUCUGAGCUGUACCUCAGGUGACAUCUCAAGAAAUAAGGAUAGUGGAAAUCUUGAAGCUGCCUUUAAUUCAGAAUCAGUUGGGAGACACAAUUGCAUUCCAAGAUCAAAGGAGACUCUUUCAGUCACCAAGACUGAUGUUCAAAAUGUGUGCGUGAUGUGCAAGAAGGGCGGAAAGCUCCUGUUCUGCGCUGGAGAAAGUUGUAGAAGAUGCUACCAUGUAUCUUGUCUGGAUCCUUCUUUAGUUGAUGAAACACCUGGAGUCUGGCACUGUGCAUUCUGUGUUAAGAAGAAGAUAGAAUUUGGUGUCCAUACAGUGUCAAAAGGAGUAGAGUCCAUUUGGGAUGUUAGAGAAGUUGUAGUUUCAGAUAUGAAAGGAAUACGUAGGCAGAAGCAGUAUCUUGUUAAGUAUCAAGGUCUUGCUCACGUUUACAAUCAUUGGGUAUCAGAAACAUUGAUGCUUCAUGAAUCUCCUUCUCUGGUUGAAAAGUUUAAUAGAGAGCAUCAGAUUGUUACAUGGAACCCAGAGUGGAGGUUGCCACAUCGUUUGCUUAGAAAGAGACGUUUAAUGUCCUUUAGUCAUCAGGAUGAGUAUCCAAGUUCAAAUAAUGAUGCUGUUCCCUAUUGCCAAUUUGAAUGGCUUGUCAAAUGGCGUGGGCUUGAUUAUGAGCAUGCUACAUGGGAAGUUGAUAGCAUGAAGUUCCUACAUUCACCUCAAGGGCAGAGACUUGUGAGAGAGUAUGAAAUUCGUCAUCAGAAGACAAGAAAAGUGUCUGACAAGAGUGCAAAGGGAGCUUUUACUGAACUGCAGAAACUUCCAGCAGGAGGAUCAUUUAGAGCUGAUGACAAUAUGUUAAACAAUGUGAACAAGCUGCGGGAGUUUUGGUAUAAGAACCAGAGUGUUGUUGUCUUUGAUGAACAGGGCAGUCCACAUGUUCGCCCUGCCUAUGAAAUUUCAGUGUCAGUGUCAGCUACCUGCUUUCAUGGCUGUGUUGUCACAUGCAAAUUUGGACCAGAUGAAAUUUAA